GGGUUUUCCAGGUGAAGCCCUAUCCACAGUUCCACAGCUGGACAUGGUGCCAUGUGGGCAGCGAGCUUCGAUAGUUCCUGGGCGGCCGCUCAUCGGCCUCGAGACAAGAGCAGCGCCCUGGCGAGCGAGCUCAAUGAGCAGUUCAACGAUGGCUUAUUGGUGAAGCUUUUGGCCACCUCCCCUGGAGGCACCGUGAAGACCGGCUUUGACAAGAAGGUCUCCCAACUCUUGGGCCUUCGACAUGGCCAACAACCGCACCAGGAAGGCUAUCUGCCACUGAAUUGGCAGCUGGAGGAGUGGCCGAGAGGCAAGGACGACGCCUCAGGAAAGGGCAUCGCAGGCAACUGGUUCACCAGCGCCUCGCUGGUGAGCCGGCACCUGGCGGACGAUGUGCAGGAAGAGCUGCGGGGCACGGCGCUCUAUGGAUGCAACCGCUAUGCGUGUGGGAGGUCCAUGGAGUCGCAUAAGGUGCUGGUCGUCUAUCAGCCCUACCCAGUGGUGGGCUGUGGCUUUCUGUCGGAUGCCGGCACCAACACUCUGGGGGAGUUCACUGGAUGCGCGCAGGAGUGGCCAGGACCCAAGGGCGCGCGGUGUUCUACCCCGGACGACUGUGGGGUGCGGACGGCUGGCGGGGAGUUUGGGGAGGAGGCCAAGCGUGGUGUCUGGCGCGUCGACCAGAAGUUCCUGUCACCCUUGGCCUUGAGCUUCAGCGGGCGCUUUGACCCCUACUCCGCCGGUGCCCAGCGCUUCGUGGAGGAGCAACGGAGCUGCAACCCGAAGCCCACGCGGCGACAAUUUGAGGCGGGUGAGAGGAUCCACACCAUGGGCUACAACGAGGUCAUGGUCCAGGUUGGGACCCCUGCGAUGCUUUUUGAAGAGAUGCACAAGGAUGGGGCAGUGCCGGCCAAGCGCUUCAGCUUGACGCAGCUGCGGCUCUGGCAGUGCCGCACCAACGGUGUCCGCGCCUUUGCGCGGGUGCAGCCGGUGCCGGAAGUCGUGGAUGAGAAGACCAGGCAUGUGGAGAACUGCCGCUACGAAGUCUUCAAGAAGAUGCGGGACGCCUAUGACAUGGCCUGUGGCCGAAGCGUGCCGACGCCGAUCUUGUUCUUCGACCUCACGGCCGGGGAGAAGCCCUUCUCCGCCCCGGACGAGCUGCCGAAAUGGGCCUUGAGCUUGAAGGAGGAGAUCAACGAGCUCUUUCCCUGCCGAGAUCCCUGCGAUCUGCCAGAAAAGAAGUGA